UGUGAGUGCAGCUUCAAUUUUCUUUCCCGUUACCGAUUGCGCAUAGCACACUUCAUUUGGUCGGCCCAAUUGCUCUCUGAGUACCCUUGCACCAUCAUCUCCAUACCCCUCUUGGACAAAUUCUCUGUUCAAUAGCUUCAGUCGUGCUCAACAGUUUGCACCUACACAGACUUACACGCCCUGCAGUAGGCCCGAUCUCGGUAAUACGUACAGGCCAAUUCUACCCAAUAAUACGUAUUUACGUGGGCACGGGACAAUUACCACUUGCAACCCUUCCAGAUCCACUUUAAGUGCCUGUCGUGACGGCGUUUUGCAGUCACAUUCCGAGAACGUGGCGCGGGAAAUAAAUUCUGAGCCAUGGAUCUAGUUAACCAGUAUGCAUAGCCCUCCUCCUCCCUUUCAUACACCUUGAACUUCGAGAACUUAGGCCUCAUGGAUUCUCCAAAUGGUGCUAUUCCCAAGAAGCCGCGCAGUUGGAGUAGAAGUUUGCCCUUUUUAACUGAUAUUUUGGGAAACAGUCUCAGCGACCGACUACUCUUCGCGGUACCCAAAAAGGGCCGCCUUCACCAAGCCUGUCUCGACCUCCUCCAUGGCUCCGAUAUCCAGUUCCACCGUCACUCGCGCCUCGAUAUCGCACUCGUAAAGAAUCUCCCCAUUGCCCUCAUCUUUCUCCCCGCCGCCGAUAUCCCCACCUUCGUUGGCGAGGGUCGCGUUGAUCUUGGUAUAACCGGGCAGGACCAGGUCGCAGAGCAUGAGUGCGUAGUGCCGCCCACCGAAACCACGGGCGUCACCGAGGUGCUCGACCUGGGCUUCGGCAAGUGUUUGCUGCAGGUCCAAGUGCCGGAGAAGGGUGUGCUGGCGGAGCCGCAAGACCUGAUUGGGAAGAACGUCGUUACAAGCUUCACGAACCUGACGGAGCAAUACUUCAGGAGGUUAGAGAGGUUACUGGCUGAGCAGACAGGAAAUGCCUUCGACGCCGCAUCGCCGCUCAAGACCAAGAUUAAGUACGUUGGUGGAAGUGUCGAGGCUGCGUGCGCUCUGGGUGUUGCAGAUGGUAUCGUCGACCUGGUUGAGUCGGGAGAGACUAUGCGCGCGGCAGGCUUGAAAGCUAUUUCUACAGUCAUGUCAACCACAGCUGUGCUCAUCAAGUCGAAACACCCUUCGAACCCUGAGCUGGUGGAUCUUAUAACAGCCAGAAUCAAGGGCGUCAUCACCGCCCAGAAGUACGUCCUCUGCACAUACAACAUCGAAAGGACCAGGCUCGAGACUGCGAUGAAGAUUACUCGCGGAAGGCGCGCUCCUACCAUCACCACCCUGGAAGAGGAAGGCUGGGUCGCCGUCCAGGUCAUGGUGGAGAGGAAAGACAUCGCCGUGGCUAUGGAUCGACUCACCGCUGCGGGAGCGGAGGAUCUGAUGGUCAUAAAGCUGGAGAACUCUCGAACGGGUUCAGGAUAGGCGGUUAUAUAUGAUGUCAUCAAUACAAUACAGAUAAAAG